AUGUCUGAUGUAGAGGUGGAAAACCAAAAGACCAUCACAGAAUUCAUCCUCCUGGGAUUCGGUGACCUUCAUGAGCUGAAGAUCCUUGUAUUCAUGGUAUUCCUGGCUAUCUACAUAGUAACACUCACUGGGAAUAUCCUGAUCAUUGUGACGGUAUCAUAUAACCACAACCUGCACAACCCCAUGUACUUCUUCCUGGGCAACCUGUCUGUCCUGGAAGUCUGCUACACUACCAGCGUCACCCCCAAGAUGCUGAAAACCCUCCUGGUGGUGCAAGAAGACAUUUCCUUCUCUUCUUGUCUCCUGCAGUUCUACAUCUUCGGAUCUCUGGUGGUUGCCGAGUACUUCCUGCUUGCUGCCAUGUCCUACGACCGUUACUUGGCCAUAUGCAAACCACUGCAUUACGCCUCCACCAAGAGCUUCCAGCUUUGCUUUCAGUUGGCAGUGGGGUCAUGGGUCAUUGAGUUCCUUUCACUGGUGGUCACCAUGCCCAUGGUUUCUAGGUUACCUUUCUGUGCUUCCAAGGAGAUCAACCAUUUCUUCUGUGACCUGACACCCAUCAUUAAACUCUCCUGUGGGGAUACCUACAUGGUCAGGAUACCGGCUUUCAUCAUAGCCUCCCUUGUGUCCUUCUUGCCUUUCCUUCUAACCCUACUGUCCUACUACAAAAUAAUCUCCACCAUCCUGAAGAUCCCUUCCACCUCUGGGAAGCAGAAAGCCUUCUCCACCUGCUCCUCCCACCUCAUUGUGGUGUCUGUGUUCUAUGGCACACUUAUGGUGGUCUACGCGGCUCCCAUAGCCAACCAGUGGCCAAACUUAAACAAGACCUUUUCCGUGCUGUACACAGUGGUGACACCACUGAUCAACGCCAUCGUAUACAGCCUGAGAAACAUGGAGGUCAAAGAGACAUUGAGAAAGCUUUUCAGUAAAAAUCCAUGCUAAGUGCAUGACCGGGGGCUCUGUCCUAUCUUGAUUGCUAAAUCCUUUCUCACCUUAUACAAUUAGUCUCAUUGAAGUCAAUAGCCCAAAGUCCAACCUUUGUCAAAGCUGAUAAAGGGAUUUGGAUGCCCUCCCUAUACAUAUACUACUUAAUACCAAAUGAAGGAUGUGCCAGUAGCUAGGACACUAGCUUGGAAGUUGGGAAAACUACUUUCAGUUCCCUGCUCAAGUACAUGUUUCCUGCGUGAGCUUGGCUAAAUUCUCAGACUGCAAGGCCAGAAGGAACCAUUGUGAUCACCUAGUCCAAUCUCCUGUACAACACAUGCCAUA